GGCCCUGCCUGCAGUGGGGGGGGAUUGGAGCUUCAUGAUCCUUGAAGUCCCUUCCAACCCAAGCCCUUCUGUGAUUCUUGUGCUCUUGGUGUUGUUUUAUUCCAUAGCUUUCAGCCCAUAGGUUUCACCUGCUGCAUGCAUCUGGAAGGCUUUUUUCUUUCAGCUUCAUUUAGCAAAACCUGCAGUGUAAUUGUAUUGCUAUAAUAUCCAAGAGGUAGAGUGGAUGAAUUUCUGCACAGAAGCAAGUUUUCAGUCAUACAUUUGUUUGCUCUGCUUUGAAAUAACCAAGAAGACAUUAAAUUCCAAUUAGGUUCCCAUCACGUUUUGUUCCGCAGCAUCAGCUCUGGAACGCAGCACUCCUACACGGCCACUUCCCGGAUGCUUACAUGAAACACUUGGAGGACUCCUUCCUUUGGUUUAAAAAACCAAACUAAUAGCCCCAAUUCAGACAGAGUGCUCUGGUGGCAUUGCCUGGCUGCUGGCUGCUUUAUUACCUGUGCGGUCGUUGAGGUACGGUGAGCCCUUUGCGAUUGGAAGCGUCCCAGAACCUCAUUAGGAAGCGAUGCUCAUGCAGCUUAUUGCAAGGGGAGGAGGGGUGUUGUUGGGAGAACACGGAUCUCUGAUGGGAAUCAGUGAAGUGAGUGCAAACCGUGGUAGACAGCGAGCAGAUGAGGUGUGCUCCCGUUAUUGCGUUUUGCUCGGAGGCUCCAACUUGAGCUCUCUGAAACUGCAGCUCAGCUUAACGUGCCAUUAUUUUUGCUCAUAUACAUAUAAAACAGGAAGCACAUUCAGAUAACAUCAACAGCCACUUCCUUAUAUGUACAAAAAUAAAGUGCUCUGACAGCAGCAAAACUGACACUUUGAUUUUAAAAAGGGUAGAAACCUUGCAUUUGUAGACCCACAUGGGCAUUGCGCUGAGCCAAUCAGGAGCACAGAGGAAAAAAUUUAAAACAACCCUCCUGCAUUAUUGUCUGUACAUCUGUGCAUAAGCAGAAGGCUGGAGGAAGCCACGAGAUUGCAGCUUUUAAGCAGAAGAAAUAAUGUUCAUGGAGCAGCUCCGUGCAAUUCCCCUGGAAGUGUCAUCAAGACUGUCACAGACAUCCUCCCCUCAGACAAGCUGCCAGUCACCUUCCAUCCAGACAGGCAAAGUCAUCUCCUCAUCCCAGAAGCACAGCAAGAAGGCGCUCAAACAGGCCUUGAAACAGCAGCAGCAGAAGCAGCAGCAGCAGCAAUGCAGAGCAGGCAUGCCGGUGUCCUCUAAUCAGCACGUCCUGCUGAAGGCUGUCAAGGCAGCCAGUGCCUCCACACCUACAAAACCUGCUUGGGUAGGAAAGCAGUCGGAUGGACACUCAAACAGCUCUCAGAACUCCACCUCCAGUUCCUCUGCCUCUGUUAAGCUUGACAACUCCUUGCCAGGGCUGGGGAAGAAACCGUUCCAGAGAUCUGACAGACUCCAUGCAAGGCAGCUGAAGAGAACAAAGUGUGCUGAAAUUGACGUGGAAACUCCCGACUCCAUCCUGGUGAACACCAACCUGAGGGCACUGAUCAACAAGCACACGUUCUCUGUUCUGCCCACAGAGUGCCAGCAGCGCCUGCUGCUGCUGCUGCCAGAGGUGGACAGGCAGGUUGGGGCAGAUGGUUUGAUGAAGCUGAGUGGUUCAGCAUUGAACAAUGAGUUCUUCACUUCAGCUGCCCAGGGCUGGAAGGAGAGGUUGUCAGAAGGUGAGUUCACACCAGAAAUGCAGCUAAGAAUACGUCAAGAAAUAGAAAAGGAAAAGAAGGUUGAGCUGUGGAAGGAACAUUUUUUUGAAAGCUACUACGGCCAAAGUUCUGGAUUAAGUCCUGAAGAGUCUGAGAGACUGACAGCCAACACCAGCGCUGAUGACGUAGAGGCUGAAAAGCCAGCAGCAGAACAGCCAAAAUGCAUGCCAGUCAAAGAGGAGAUCACUUCUCCAUUGGAGUCUAAAGCACAAGUGGCCCAGGAAGCACCCACAGUGAAAAAAGGAGCAGAGGAAAGAAGAGGAGAGGAGAGGAGAGAAGAGAUGCAGCCCAAAGCAGCCAAACCUGUCGAGGCCUCAGUUUCCCCAGCUGGGUGUGCAGCGAAGCCCAGCGACCCCCAGAUCCAAGAGGGAAUCCAAGGAGAACCCAUCCAAGAGAAACCACAGCCUGCCGUGAGCCAGAAGCUGGAAGAAGAGAGGAAGCACGCUGCAUCAAAGGAAGUGAAGGAGGCUGCGCGUGCCCCGGUCUUGGCCCCGAGCAAACCAAAGAGCCCUGAAGCAGCCGAAGCAGCAGCAAAGGUCACCGAAAGUCCAGUGGUCGCCCCACCGACGCCAGAAAAGAAACCCCCUGUAAAUGAAGAAAUGGAGGUCAGUGUUGAAGGCCAUAAGAGGAAGUCGGAGAGCGGUGAAGAAGCUCUGACCACGCCUGAGAAGAAGCCGCGCAUUGCGGAGAAGUGCCAGCAGCAGCAGCCGGCGUUUCGCAGCCAAACGCAGUCCUUUCCUGCUGCCGGGCCCCCGGUGCCACGCGUGCCCCCGCUCAAGAUUCCUGUUUCCCGAAUCUCCCCCAUGCCAUUUCCUGCGGGCCAGGUCUCUCCCAGGGUACGUUUCCCAGCCUCACUCAUCAGUCCAGCCAGAACAGGGGCCAGAACCUUGGCGGACAUCAAGGCCAAAGCCCAGCAGGUCAGGGCUCAGAGGGCAGCGGCCGCAGCAGCCGCCGCCGCCGCUUCUUCGGGGGGAGCAGUGCCAGGGCCGGGCCCCGGUGGGGGCCCAGCGGGCGGCGGGGGGACGGGUAACACAGCGACGAGUGGAGCCGGCGAAACUGGAACGCGAGGAAACGCACUGGAACUGGCAGGAACUGGAAGCGGGGGAGGUUCGAGAAGGUUUCUUCCACGCUGCCCAGGGACCCAUUCCCCAAUGGAGACUCAGGAGCAGCCGGCAACCCCCAGUCUUUCUAGAGCACAACUACAGCAAACUUCCACGUUGCAAUCCAGAAGUGCAGCUGGCAAUACAGGCACCAACUGCUCCUCCCCAGCGGUAUCAGCGAUUGAGCAAAUCAGCAGAAUCAAACAGAGCCCCCCAAACGUGGCUAUAAAUCAGGUUUCGGGCUCCUCGUGUGCUGGUGGCUGUGACAAACAAGAGAAAGCACCUUCUGCUCCAGCAGGUCCCGGCCAGGCCUGCGGGGCAUCAACUGUCAGGGAUGGAACAACUUGUGUCACUGUGUCCUCAGCAGAUAGCAAUGCCAACAUCACCAAGGUAGCACCUGCGGCCUUAGGAGGGACCAGCUCAGAGGUCCCCAAAGGCACGUCUCCUUCCCCUCUGAUGCCUUCGCUGACCCCCACUAGCUCAGAAGCCCAGGCUGGAGGUGCGGUGGUGUCAGCUCCAUCUGCCCCGUGCUCCAUCACCUUGUCAGCAGCACCUAGCCUUAAGACCCAUCCGAGUUCAAGCGGGGCCCUCGCGAAAGCAAACUCCAGUAUUCCUGCCAACAACCCUUUGGUCACCCAACUUCUUCAAGGCAAGAGCGUCCCCCUGGAGCAAAUCCUGCCGAAGCCUCUCACCAAAGCAGAAAUGAAAACUGUCCCAUUAGCUUCUAAUGAAGAGAAAGGGGCAGCAAUUGUAGCAGGGAGUGGUGCUGGAGCCGAGGGCGGUGAAAGGCAGUCGGGGUUAUCCCCGCAGCAGCUGGGAAAGAUCUUUUGCCAGAGCAGGCCUCUGCCUCACAUUCCAAGGACAUUUGUGCUCCCUGCAGGAAAGGAGCCCAGUGCUGACCAGCACCCAGAAGCGCUCAGUAAAACAACGCAGGAGCAGAUCCUUCAGACGCUCAUCAAGAGGGUCCAGAGGCAGAAUUUGCUCCCAGUCCUUCAGCCUUCCCAAGUGAACCUCGCACACUCAGGUUUCCAGCUAGAAAACAGCUCCACCAGCCAGAGAUUUGUGCUGGGUUUCAUGGGCAGAAGGACAUCCAAACCCGCUAUGUCUGGUCAUUAUCUGCUCAACAUUUCCACCUACGGCCGCGGUUCGGAGAGUUUGAGGAGAGGCUUCUCCUUGAACCCUGAAACCCGCUCAUGUCUGAACAGCCCAGCCAGUGGUCCAAAAGCAGAAUUUGGGGAAUGUGAGGAGAUGGCUGGCCAUGGCAGCAGCAGUGAGGAAGGAGAUGCGGACGAUGAGAGCACUGGUGAUGAACGCGAGCGUGUCAGCGUAAAAGAGGAGCCCCAGGCUUUCCAGGUGGCUGCUCCAUGUGAAAAAGAACAGGUAUCACACGGUGCAAAUUUCUCAGAUUACAGCAUCCUUGCUAAAAAGGGCAUGAAGACGGAAGCAGCCGUGUCUCAGCAGGCAGCCGGCAGCAGGGAGAACAUUCAGGAGUUGGAUGGAACGGCGUUAGCACGAGAUCUUAUUCAGGCCGCUCAAGAGCAAAUGGUGCACACAAUGAAGGGAAAAACGCACAGCAGCCCUGAGCUCUUCAGCUCUUCUGCACCGUCCUCAGACUCUGCGCAGCCACAGCUUCCCCAGCUUUCUCACCCCCACCCUCCGAAGCUGGGAGGAGAUGCUGCGGCAGCACAGCUCAUCGGGCCCAGCUACAGCGGCACGAUAAACGUCUCCACCUCCCCAGACGUGAACCAGGGCUCUCUCAUGAGCGGGCUCUCUGAGUGCAAUCAGUUGUCCAGUAGCAUGGGGAACGUCAUGUCCUUCUCUGUGACUGUAACCACCAUUCCCACCAGCCAAGCCAUGAACUCUGGCAACCACAGCCAGACCAUCCCGGUUCAGGCCUUUGCUGAAGACAGCAGCAUGGAGGACUCCCCUUCCAAGUGUUAUUGCAGGUUGAAAGCCAUGAUCAUGUGCAAGGGCUGCGGUGCCUUCUGCCAUGAUGACUGCAUUGGCCCCUCUAAGCUCUGUGUCUCCUGCCUGGUUGUGCGGUAACCGGGACGUGACGUGGGAAGAGGAAGGCUCCAUGUUGGGUUUGCUUUUGGAAGUACAUUGGGAAGAAACAGGAAAUUUACUGCCUUGCACAAGAGACACGUUACUGAAUCAGGAAUACAGAGUAGAGUUCUUCUUUCAUUAAAGAAAGAGCACCUUCUUGUACAGUGAGUCUAAAUUGAGCUCAACUACGUGAAUUGUGACAAGAGUUUGCACUUAAGGAAUUAUGUAAAUAUGUCACAUUAUUUUGUUUAAAAAUAUUUUUUCAAUCUUUUAGGAGAUAGUGUUUGACUUGUACUGCAGUUCCAUUAACCCUAGCCUGCUAUCCAGCAUGUUUGCUGAGCUCUGCUCUAGAUGGGGUAACAAUCCCCCAGCGAAACCUCAGUUGUUGGUCUUCUCUUGGCAAGGAGAGGAGCCAGGCAAUCAAGGCACAAAAUGUCUGUGCUGACAGAGCCUCACAGCCCCUCAAUGGGCUGCCGUGUUGCUCUGAACUUCAGAUUGAUCAGAAUUGGAAGCCGCUGACGUUACACCGGCCUUCAAGAAUCGCCCAUCACCCGUGGCAUGGCCGUUCCCAGAAGGCAUGCUGGGUUGUGCAAUAUUGGCUGGUGGUUUUGAUUGCAUAUCCUCUCCUCUCCAAGGAGUCAGUUGCAGUAACCUUGUUUUAAGGGUGGUAAUAUCUUGGUUUGCUGCUGAAAAAGGCAACUAUACUAACCGUAGGAUACCAGAAUUUAAAUCACUAAACCAACUCAGUAACUAUGAUGAUUGGUAAUCCCAGGAACCAUUUAAAGCAGAGAUCACAAAGAUGUGCUGAACUGCAUUUCAUUUCCAGACUGUCAGGACUCGGCAGAAACCUGCUUUAUGAGGCAUUAUUUCAAGUGAGCUGGAAGGUGCCAUCCCCACCAUUGAGAACCAUCACAGCACAUUAUGCAAGUGAAGUGCACUAAAUGUCACCCUCUGUCCUACUGUUUUCUAGGAAGCUUACUGUGGCUCAUUAAAAACUCCACGUAGUCAGACUUCUCUCAUUUCUAUAGAUUUUAUAUUAAGCUGAGUGUGGAAAACAAGCCUCUCGUUGGGCCUCACUGGUGUCUGGGCAUCUCCAUGUCUUUUAAAAACCAAAUUGCCCCAACUGCUGGUUGCGCUCCGUUGUGGCCCAGUGCCGGUGUUCGCAAUCCAUUCUUUCCAAUUAAUCCAAAUUAAAGUUACAAAAUGGUACUAUAUGGUACUCAACGACAAUAAAUUUCUAAUUUUCAACAGGCUGGCUGUUAGACCAUACUCCAGUCUGCAUUCUGAUGUAGUGCAACGAGCGUGCAUCGCAUGGAGGAGCUGUAGGUUACUUCUCUUCCCAGAAAACGUCAGGUUCACAUCCAGUCCCAUGUUGUCACUGUUGGGGGAGGGAGGGGGGCCAUACGAGAUCUUGGUCAGGUAACAAAUCUGUGUAUCUUUUUGAUGGAAAAGCACUGAAUUCACUUUGAAUCCAAAGGCCUUUUUAAGAUGAAGCAAUAUUAACGAAAGAGGUGACGGCUGUUUUAUGAGCUGGGGUCCUAAAGCCUUUUUCCUUCUUUCCAUUUGACUGCACUGCUGCUUUCCCCGUUUCCCACACGUGGGAGCACUGAGUGUUUCUGCAGGGAGCGUAAUGAUAAAGAGAGUUGCAGGCUUAAUCACUUGGCAGAGAAAUAUUUCCUUCCCUGUCCAACAGAGCGUGGUAUUCUCCAACGCAGGAUCAGCACGUCCUGGGAUUUGAUUUGCUCACCAGACAUUGACUGGGGACCCUGCUUUCUAACUCCACAUCAUUCCUUAGGCAUCCAGCAGUGGAAAGGAUUUAACUAUAGAAGUACAGUCGGGGGUUUUUUUGAAACCACUUAAAUCUCAAAAAAAUUACCCCUGGUUGUUCUGUUGUGCUGCACAAGCAUUGGCCACGACUGUAGCCCCACGGCUUUGGGUGCCCACCAGAGGGACGGCUGCUUCCCUGGCUGGCUGCUAUGGAAGCACUGACUUGGCCACGUCGCUGCCCGCAUCCCUCCUUCCUUUCCAGCGGGCAUCUCUCCAUUGUUGGAAUUGGAGGGCGCUGUGAAGGAGGUCCGUGUGGUACCCCGGGCAGAAUAGGAUCUUCCCUUGCCUUGUUAACUCGAGCCCUGAAGGGAAGCAUUACGGCCAUGUGCUCCUCCGUGAGACACAUUAAUUCCCUUCUAAUGCGGAUCCCCCAGCGUAACCCAGCCUGAAGGCUGUAGCUAGUUACAAAAGAAACUGAAAAAGUCAAUUCUGCCUCAAAUAAAAGCCAGGAGGUUUUGCUGGCGAAAUUGGAUCGAUUUUGUUCACGCCUCAACGUUCAUCAGUAACUCUUCAUGGCCAACGAGGCUGCUGCAGACAGGGAAGGGGAGGUGCUGAGGGAGCAGCACGCAUUGCUGCCUUGUGUGAGCAUCCACAUCUUCUCAGCAUUUCCUAAAGCCACCCUCAACCCCCCUGCAGCUCCAGCUCCUCGCUGCCUUUACGUUUGGCAGGCGAUCCUCUGUAGCACACAGUUUGGUUUCUGCAACACGUACAGCAAUAGGAACCGAGUGGAGCCGGGCCAGGUUUGGACGCAGGGUGACCACCGGGAUAUGUGGGGCUGCCAGGCUGGAUGGGAAAUGCGGGCAUCUCAUGCCACGACUUGGAAGUUUACAAGUGUUCAGUGCCUUAGUUCUAUUUUAACAGAUGAGCACUUUUCCUGGGCUACUUCUACUCGAUUCCUUUUUCAGAUAGUAAAUUCUUUUCACUGCUUGUCUUUGGUUUUACCAUACGCUACGAGCUACCAGGAGGAACUCGAUGGAGUAACGUCCACAGGUUUGCAGGAGGGCAUGAAGUAGUCAGGAAAUCAUUAGGAAUAACAGAGCUGAGUAUAAUAACCAACAGAAGCACAGGUCUGCCUGAAGCCUUGAAAGCUUUGCAUGUUUCACGGCGCUGGUUGUUGAAUAAUGUGUUCUAGGAAGGGAACAUCCUGCAGCCCAUAUAGCAGUGCUCCCUGCUGGCCUCACCUGUGUUAAACAUAGUUUAAAACAACAGACUUUGGAGCCCAGGUAUUAAAUGAUGGCAUUCUAUAGGAAAUGCCAUCGUUUUGCUGGGCAUGGUAGUGAUGAGUCAAUGGUUGGAUUUGAUACCAUAGAGGUCUUUUCUAACCUUAAUGAUUUUAUGAUUCUAUAACAAAUAAGAUCUGAUACUAAACAUUUUACAAAGUCUAACAUCAAACUCUUUGUGGAAGUAGAAGCAGCUUGAGUAGGAAGAGAUGCUCAGGUUUAUACUUUCCCUCUCGAGCCACAAUCCAAGUCCUGCAGCAUGAGAACUAGAAAUACAAACUGAGCAAUGGAAUUUAACUUUCCAGUGCAAAAAAGAACCCCACCUUGUUCAAGCUUGUUUUAAUGGAGGAGUGAAUGCAAUUCCACAGAUGAGCUAAGGCUGCGGGAUACAGUUUGGUAGCACAGGGAAGGAAAUUUGUUUGGAAUUCUGAUGCCCUUCUUAAAUCAAAAGGAAAGACCAACGUGCUGAGCGACUGCACGAUCAGUGGAGUUGUGUAGUGCACAGGGUUGGGUCACAGCCGGGAGGUGAGCCCUCAGGUUGGGACUGAGGGGGGACCUUCGUGUCCUGGGGCUGCGUCCUGCCCAACGGGAGCUGCCACGGUCAGGCUGGGUGCUGGCUCCUCUGUGCCAACCAUGCUCAGUCCAGCGGUGGUUUUGAGCUGCUUGGGGGCUGGCACGGAGCCCUCCCACCUCCUGGUGAAGGAAAUUUGGGGUUUUUUUCAGGGAAGUGCCCAGAAGGCCAGUGGUCGCUCUGUGUUAGAUGCUUGAAGCCCUGGGGAGACUCCUAUCUUCUUGGGAUUAGCUCAGGCUCAGCUGUCCAAAGCUCCCACCAUGCAGUCACGGCUGAGUCAGCCCAGGAGCGUGCUGGGCUCUGCCCAGGCUUUCAGCUUCCCAAAUCCCAUGGUGGGUAUGCAGGAGGCUGCAGGGAGUCCCUCCAUGGGGUUGGCAGUUCCCUCCAUUGGUGUGGCAACGGAGUCCAACCAGGGGAGCAUCUCAGGCGCGUGCUGCGAUCACAACAUCCGCAGUUCUGUUCCUUAACUGGGGUUGGUUUUUUUUUAAUGCUAUACAUUUGAUAUAACUGAAGAUCAAUUUUAAGAGCUUACAGUAAUAUAUUUUAAGUAAUAUAUAUUUUAGUAUCUGUAAAAAAAAAAAGACAAAGGAUGAUUUAUGAACUAGAUGAGCAGGGUAUGGAAAGCAUGCAGUUUCUCAGCAAGGCCAUGGAGUUUCACUAGCAGGAGAACUGGAAAGAUUCCGUUUUGUCCAUUGAUGCAAUAAAUGUGUGAGUUCUUAAAGAGAAGAAAUCCAAUACUGUUUACCACGAGCUUUUCUGGUUUUGACAACAGGCCUGUAAACACAGCUAGAAGAUGCUGAACCUUUGUCUGUCUUUCGCCUUUUUAAAAGGGACUUAAAUUGGAAUAGAGGGUAUGUACAGAAAAAUCGAGUUGACACCAUUUUAAAAUGUAUUUUUACACAAAAAAUAUAGAAAAAUCAUAUUUUACGUAAGAAUUUUAAGUAUUUGAAAUAUGUAUAUAUAUACUGUAUGUACUUCAUAUAUUCUUUAUUUUACAUUUACAGUGUAUUAAAAAGUAUUUGAGCUGGUUGGAUUUGAGCAUGUAAUGUUAAAAGGGAAAAAAAGAAAAGAGGGGGGAGGACACGAGGAGGGAGGCUGCAGGGAAAGCAGGAGUUCAGCACUGAAGGAAUCUGGAAGAGUUUUGCAGCUUCAGAUGGAGCGUACAGAACCUUUUCAGUCCUGUGUCCUUUUGUGUUCCAUCAGUAUCCGUUCCUUUUGCCUCACAGCCACCCAGCAGAACCCACAGUGAGGAGACAAGUUGAGGUGGAUCCUUUCCAUAAGCAAUGCUACCUUCGUAGCCAAAGAGACACACUGGUACAGAAGCUGCUCAACCAAAAGAGAAUCCAAAGCGACUCAGUUUUGCUGUGCCAUUGGAAUGGUGAUCAGUAGCUCAAUUGCUGUGUGAGCACCUUAGGGUGCUGAUGGGGAAUUCAGACAACAUACCAAAAGUCCAAUGAUUUCAAGGGAGCACUGUCAAAGCAGAUUGGUCUUGCUGCUGGUAGGAAUUGGGGUGAAAGUCUCGCUGUAGGGGAUGAUACAUCCUUGCAGCUGUUGGGAGCAGAGUGAAUCCAUUUGGCCGCACUGGAAUGGGAUCCUCAAAGUGUCCCCGGAUGGGGGAGGCCACCACUGCCCUAUGGGUACAUCCAGGCUAGAUGUGGCUCUGGGCAGCCUGGUCUGCUGGUUGGCAGCCUUGCACUUAGCAGGGGGUUGAAACUCGAUGAUCAUUGUGGUCCUUUUCAACCCAGGCCAUUCUACCAUUCUAUGAUAAGAUUCUAUGGGGCAUCCCCUAUGGCAGGGACAAGCAGGGCACUGCAGUGUGCUCCGCAGGCUGAGAUCUGCAGCCCACACAGCUGCUGGCCCCAGUGCUGCACACCAAUUUGCCAUGGAGAUAAGGGUAGAAAUGGCUCCGGAGCUCCCUGUCUUGUCCCACCUGUGCAGUACCCAUUUGGGUCAGAUGAAUCUCCAGUGACAUUUAUACCCACUCAUUCCUGCAACUCCUGUAUAUAAAUUGGAGGUGAUUAAAAGAAAUCUCUGUUGCUGGGAGUUACAUGGAAGGUAACAAUGUGGGCAAAGAAGAAUGAUUGACAAGUCAGAUUUUAAAGUACAAAUCUGAAAACUGAAAAGGUGGGCAACUGUUAUUUUACCGCAUCAGCUGUCAUUGGAAUCUCUUGGAAACAAGAGGAUGGAACCCAGUAUUUUGUCAAAAUUUGCUGUCUGCACACUGGUGGGGUUUUCACUCUAAACAGUUGCACCUCACUGGUGGGUGUGCAUACAGGGGCUGUGCAGAUGUGUGUGCAUCUGUACAGGUGUGCAUGGCUGCAUUGGCCACGUGUACGUAGCUCCACCUCAGCCUUGUGCUGACAUUACACCUUGGGGUGUGAGAUGGAAUUAGGGCUGCUUUAUAAUUGUUUUCAUAUUUAAGAUGUAUGGGGUAGACAAAAUAUAUACUAGUGGUGUGUUUCGAUCUGCUGCACUUUGACAAACAAACAACAUUCCUUAUUCCCCUGGUACUGCUGCAUCUCCCAUUCCUCCCUACCCUGAUUUCAGCCUUACCCAGCCGGUCUCCUGUACCGUUCAGUUAGCAGAUGCUGCACUGUGCAUUGCUCAGGGCAGGGCUGUGCUCUUAGCCCACCUGUGGCUGUGAUGUGGAAGGUGUUUCCCAUUGUCUCAAGCAGCAGGGACAGAAGUUCUGGGUACAGUCCUUUAUUGUGUGCCUGCAGGUGUGCAAGGGACGUGCCUGCCAGCAGCCACCCUCGCUGAUGAGUGGCAGCUCCCUUCCUUUGCCCUAAAUGUGUGCAGCCAUGAGUCCUCACCCUGCUCCUGUCUGCUUGAAAAGUCAAAUUUCAGUUACAAAUCUGGCAAUUGAGAGGGAAAAAAAAAAGGGAUUAAGUAAUGUAAGCUGCAGACAUUUAAAACAGUGUCCAUUCCUGCAAAGGAGUAAGAUGGCAGGGACAGACGUGGUCUGUCAUGCUGCAGCUGUGCCUCUUGGCCAAGGGUGUUUCCUCAACACGUUGUCACUCAUUUUGCUGUGUAAGCUUCCACUUUGCUUCUCAGCAGCAUUAAGAGGGAUCAGAGGAGUGCUAAGAAAGACCAGUUUUUAACCUGUCACUUGAAGAUCUGUGCCCAUAGGAGGUAGCACUUGGACAAGCAAAAGCCUGCCCCGUGGCUUCUGUCUGACUGCAGAUUCUGUUCCUUUUCCUCUCACUUCUUUUUGUCGUGUAAAACUACCUGCUUUAUAAAUGAAUGUAAAAUACCGUAGUUCUUCAGCACAUGGGCAAAUGUGUAUUUUAUCUUCAUGUUUCAUUUUAUGUUAAAUAAAAGGCGUAUGGUUUUAUGGC